CCGAGUCACGCCUUUUAGGGUGGGAUUCCUGGUUUUCCCUUCUAGCGCUUUUUCCAACGUUCCUUGCGCUUCUUCGCAGCUUCCAGCGUCGCUCCCCAUUUUAAAACCUCUCUGUAAAACCCUACAUCUUCGAGAGAUUUUGAAAGAUGUCUCGAAUCGUUCGAUCUCGUCUUCUUCUCUACCUCUCGAAGAACAACAGGCCCUUUUGUUCAAGCGUCAGUGCAAAUCCUCCCAAGGAGCCAAUCGCCUCUUCCGCAUCUAUUCUCAACGAUCAACCUCCUUCAACCCCUUCUUCUCCUUCCAGUACCUCUGAGAAGAAAUCAUGGAGUUUUCUCAAGUUUGGGGUAGUCGGCGCUUUUAUUGGAGCAGCUGCAACCGCCAGUUACGCUACUUAUGCAUACACCUUAGAAGAAGUGGAUGAGAAGACAAAGGUGUUUCGGGAGUCUGCAAAUCAGACCGUGGGAGGUGAUACAUCUGCUAUUGAUAAAUUCCAGGCAUUGCUUUAUUCAGCUGCUAUGACAGUGCCUGCUAAAGCAAUUGAGCUAUACCUGGACCUCAGGAGGUCAAUUGAAGAACAUGUUCGGGGAUUUACUGAACCAUCAUCUGAGAAGCUUCUUCCUGAUUUGCAUCCUCAGGAGCAGCAUGUAUUUACACUUGUUCUGGAUCUAAAUGAGACUUUAAUAUACUCUGAUUGGAAGCGUGAGCGGGGGUGGAGAACAUUUAAAAGACCUGGGGUGGAUGCCUUCUUGGAGCACCUAGCCCAGUUUUAUGAAAUUGUUGUUUAUUCGGACCAGCUGAGUAUGUAUGUUGAUCCUAUUAUUGAAAGGCUGGAUAAGAAGGGAUGCAUACGCUAUAGACUAUCAAGAUCUGCAACCAGAUAUCAGGAUGGAAAACAUUACAGGGAUUUCUCAAAGCUGAAUAGAGAUCCUUCUAGGAUCCUCUAUGUGAGUGGGCAUGCACUAGAAUCAAGCCUUCAGCCAGAGAAUGGUGUUCCAAUUAAGCCUUGGAAGCUUGAAGCAGAUGAUACAGCACUUCUGGAUCUUAUUCCUUUUCUUGAAUAUGUAGCACGCCAUAGACCUGCCGAUAUAAGACCGGUACUAGCUUCUUAUCAGGGUCAUGAUAUUGCUACUGAGUUCAUUGAGCGCUCUAAAGAGCACCAAAGGCGGAUGCAAGAACAGAAGCAGCAUGGACGUAUCUGGCGACGUUGAGGUUGAAACAGUAUUAAUUUAUCUGACAUGAAAUUGGUAAAUAAUUAGGUAUUUUUGACAAAUAUUUGGAAUUUUGGAGCCAUUUUAUUGUAUUUCAAAGCCUUUUCCAGGUCCAGAGAGAGGGAUUCGGAGAGAACCGAGGACAUAUAUAAAUCAUGAUUUAUGUGCCCAUCCCACCCCUUGGUGAAAAAAGCAGGGAUGGUUUUGUUGUUCCUUCUGAAUAACAUAAUUUUGACAAUUUCAAAAUGAUUUCGUGUAUCUUUAGCUUGGUACCUUCCCUAGAUAUUCUAGGAAGAUGAAAACAACUUGUUUACUUGUAAAGUAUUUAUUCUUUUUUUUUUUUUUUACAAACUUCAUUCCUAGCAGGAGAGAAGCUUGAUGAGUCCUUUUUGCAAAAGAGUUAGAAGAUGAACCCUCUAAAUUUGCCUGGGAAUUUGGAAAGUGUACAAAAUGAAUUUGAGAGCAUGUGCCUCUAGUUGUAAACUAGAAUACUCUCCUCAACUUGUUUUGAUCAGUAUCUAUGAUCCAAUGGGUUAGAGUCUUUGUUGUGC